AUGCAUUCAAAUUUGCCUUUUUUCUUAUUUCUUGCACAGUUGGCUUCACCUUCUGCUGAAGUGGCGGAAAUGAGCUGUGGAGGAAGAGGACGUGAAAGGAAGAAUCCGACUCUAAUUUGUGCUCCAAUCAUGGCCGAAUCCGUCGACGAGAUGGUGAUUCUUUUGGGUAAAGCUAAAGCUUGUGGAGCUGAUCUUGUGGAAAUUCGAUUAGAUAAUUUGAAAAGUUUCAAUCCUCGCCAACAUCUUAAAGCGCUUAUAACACGCUCUCCUUUGCCUACUGUUUUCACUUACAGGCCAAAAUGGGAGGGUGGUCAGUAUGAAGUUGACGAAAACCAGAGAUUGGAUGCACUUAGAUUGGCCAUGCAAUUGGGAGCUGAUUACAUUGAUGUUGAGCUUCAAGUUGCUCGUGAGUUCAAUGACUUCCUCCAUGGAAACAAAGCUGCAAAGUGCAAAGUCAUUGUUUCUUCUCACAACUAUCACAACACUCCGUCUGUUGAGGAGCUUGGCAACCUUGUGGCCAAAAUUCAGGCGGCUGGAGCUGACAUAGAGAAGAUUGCAAAAGCUGCCUUGGAUAUCACCGAUGUUUCACGCAUUUUCCAUAUAACUGUCCACUCACAAGUUCCGAUAAUUGGAAUUGUUAUGGGUGAGAAGGGAUUGAUUUCACGGAUACUUUGUGAAAAAUUUGGUGGUUAUCUCACUUUUGGCACCCUUGAGUCAGGAAUAGUUUCAGCUCCUGGUCAACCAACAAUCAAGGAUCUGCUGGAUCUAUACAAUUUCAGGCAAAUUGGACCCGAUAUAAAAGUACACGGCAUUAUCGGGAAGCCUAUUGGCCAUAGCAAAUCACCUUUUCUAUGUAAUGAAGCAUUCAAAUCAAUUGGCUUCAAUGGGGUGUUUGUGCAUUUGUUAGUGGAUGACAUUGCCAAAUUUUUCCAGACUUUCUCAUCCACAGAUUUUGCAGGAUUUAGUUGUACAAUUCCUCACAAAGAGGCUGCCGUGAAGUGCCGUGAUGAAGUCGAUCCAGUUGCAAAAUCAAUAGGAGCUGUUAAUUGCAUUAUAAGGAGACAAAGUGAUGGGAAGUUACUUGGUUACAAUACAGACUAUGUUGGUGCUAUUUCUGCUAUUGAGGAGGGACUGCGAGUUUCACAAAAUAUUAGCAGUGUGGCUGGUUCACCUUUAGCUGGUAAGCUGUUUGUGGUCAUUGGUGCUGGUGGUGCAGGCAAGGCACUUGCUUAUGGUGCAAAAGAGAAGGGAGCAAGGGUUUUGAUUGCCAAUCGCACUUUUGAUCAAGCAAAAGAACUUGCGGAGACAGUUGGAGGAGAUGCAUCUCUCGCUGAUUUGGAUACAUUUCAUCCAGAGAAUGGCAUGAUUCUUGCGAACACAACAUCUAUCGGAAUGCAACCAAAAAUUGAUGAGACACCCAUUUCUAAGCCUGCUUUGAGACAUUAUUCACUGGUCUUCGAUGCUGUUUAGACCCCUAAAAUUACCAGGCUCUUAAGAGAAGCAAAAGAAUCUGGAGCCAUAACAAUUUCAGGGUUGGAGAUGUUUAUUGGUUAUGGAUAGUAUGAGAAGUUCACUGGAUUACCUGCACCCAAGGAACUCUUUAGGAAAAUUAUGUCAAAGUACUAA